AUGACUCCCAAACUCUCGUGGCCCUCUGAAGUUAAGUUUUGCCUUCUUUCUUUCAGAAGCACCAUGGUGGUCGUGAUCCCCAGGCUGCUGCGAGGCUCUGUGGGCGCCAUCUGCACUCAGGCGGCUCCGCUGAGAUUGACACCCAGCGCUUUGCGCCACCUCACUCGGAGCAGUGUAAUGAAAUCCAAAAGGAGACCUGAACACUUGGAGAGAACCGCAGAUGUCGUUCGCCAGGAGGUCGUUUCCGCAGCCAAGGUGUGUGGAGUGGCCAGCGAGUCCCCUUCGGUGAAGAGGCUCCGCCUGCUCGUUGCCGAUAAAGACUUUUCUUUUAAGGCCGGCCAGUGGGUUGAUUUCUUUAUCCCAGGAGUCUCUGUGGUUGGUGGGUUCUCAAUAUGCUCCAGCCCUAGACUGCUGGAACAAGAGAGAAUGAUAGAACUGGCAGUGAAACAUGCAAACCACCCUCCUGCUCUCUGGAUUCACAAUCAGUGCACCCUGGACUCCGAGGUGGCUGUCAGAGUCGGGGGGGAGUUCUUCUUUGACCCGAAGCCCGAAGACGCCUCCAGAAACCUCGUGUUGAUCGCAGGAGGCGUCGGGAUUAACCCCCUGCUUUCCAUCCUGCGACACGCGGCCGACCUCCACGGAGAAUGGGCGCGCAAGGGGCGGGGGUGUGAGAUGGGGACAGUCAGACUGCUCUACAGUGCGAAAGACACCAGCGAGCUCCUGUUCAAGAAAAAUAUCCUCGAUCUAGUAAAUGAAUUUCCUGAGAAGAUUGCAUGCAGUUUCCAUGUUACAAAACAGACUACACAAAUCAGUGCAGACCUCAGGCCAUACAUCACGGAAGGAAGAAUAACGGAGAAGGAGAUAAGGGAUCACAUUUCAAAAGAGACCUUGUUCUACAUUUGUGGUCCACCUCCCAUGACAGACUUCUUCUCCAAGGAGCUGGAGAGCAGCCGCGUCCCCAGAGAGCACAUCUGCUUUGAGAAGUGGUGGUAG